AACCAACUCUACUACGCAUGCAGCAUUGGCCCUCGGAUGGUAACAACGUUCACCCUCGCAUAGUCCUUGUCGUUCCACCUCUUCGUUGAAGAAACAACACGCUCCGACCCCUAAGCAAACUCAAACCUCUCCUUUCUACUCACUCCUUUAACCUUUCCUAAUCCGCCACCAUGUGGAAAGAUCAUCUACAUUUCUCCCUUCUCGGAGAACACGUCUUGUUUCCCGGCCUUCAUCUUGAAACACCCCGGCACUUCCUAGUUGCUUCAAUCCUGGCAUUUGUUCUGUGUCUAUCCGAGAGAGCUUUGACCUAUGCUAUCACCAAGCAAUGGAAUCCAUUUGUUUGGACACGACGUACACGUCUACGAAAGGCACUGUGGAAAACAUGCCUGUAUUGGAUCGUCACGCUUGACAGAUUGAUGUACAUGUUGUUGGCAAUGACUUUCAAUGUCGGAUUGAUCAUGGUCGCUGUCACCGCCUUGUCAAUAGGACAAUUUGUCAUUGAAUAUCUUGAAGAAUCUCAGAACGAGCAGCGGUAUCGACGAGACUCUGAAAACGUCAAAGAGCCACUGCUCGAAUCACCUACCGUGUACGAGCCACCCGUAGCUCUCCACUCAUAUCCCUCCUAUCGUUCCCUUCCAUCACCAACAUACACUCGAUCCUCGCCACUAUCCCUCUCACCCGUCUCCUUGAACACACACCAAGUAUUCCCCAACCCUGACCUACACUCAAUUCCAUCUCUUCCACCACCGUCAAGUUCCAACCUUGACUCUUCUAUCUCUGGAGCCUCCGGAGCAGUUAUCGGCCGACCACGUUCGAAGUCGAAACCAACGAGCAUCUUCAUCCACCCGACAGAAUCCAAUCUUGCUAGAGCGGACGCCGCAGCCCAACAAAUGGGUUUGCAAGGUGAUACUGAGCUUGUGAAGGCGUCCCUAUACCCGGCUGAAGAGGAGGCUGCUUGGGAAAUUGGAAAGGGGAAGGAUGUUGCGAGGCAGCUGAUGGGUUUGAGGAAAAAUACACUAUAAGUCGUUUGUCGUAAUGUGCAGAACUGGAUGCUGAGUUUAAAUAUGUGUAUUCGUUUGUAUAAUCGUAGAGACAUGGAAGCCGGCCUUCUUCAAUCAGUCAAUCAACUUGUUCGCUCAUUGUUACAAUGGUCGUGAAUCGUGAUCGUCAUGAAUAUUAAAUUAAAUGCAACCGU